UGCACUCGCGGUAAUUCACGAGAUUACUAUUGGCGACCAUAACACUGAAAAUGGCGGACGAUCAAAUCAACACAGGAUCUGUUGCAGGUGACCUCGAGUCAGGAACACCCGUGCCACAGGAAGUACCGGAAAAUGUACAGAAAAUUAUAACAAGUGAGAAAGAACUUCAGGAAAAUCCAUCCAAACGCCCACGAGUUGACCUACAGUCUCUUCCAACAAGAGCUUAUCUUGACACCACUGUAGUCCCCAUACUGCUGAGUGGAAUGUCUGUUCUAGCCAAAGAAAGACCACCUAACCCUAUAGAAUACCUUGCAGCCUAUUUAUUGAAGAAUAAAAAUCAGUUUGAAUGAGGAUCCUAUCAGCAGGGGUAGAAUACUCUCUCUCUACAUUGUUACAAUUCAUCUGUUAUUUGUGUCAGCUGUACUAUUUUAUGUCAUUGUAAAUAAACAGGUAAAUACAUCAUA